UGCAUUGAUAUAUUUCAGGGGGAUGUUCAUUUAAUAAAAAAGAAUCGCUUACAGCACCUCUAAAUAUGUGUUAGAAGGACAAGAUCAAACAAAUUCAGUAUGCAAAUAUGUGUAAGAAAGAAGCCACUUGGAAUUCACGUGUGCAUAAAUUACGCAAAUUAUCAUCAUCGUUGUCAGUUAGCCGAGUUUGGGAGAUUUUCAUACGUCAUUCUUACAUUUAUUAAAAAGUAUCAAGUUUACAAAACAGGUGCGCAGGGUUAGAGAACAACACCUAAUCAAACAUUUUAGGAAUUGACAGUAUGUGUUGCUCACUGCCAUAUGUGUACUUUCUAAUGAAAUACAACGUCAUGAAAUCUCAUUCCUUUCGUUGAAGUGAGUCUUAAGGGGCAUUCCCUAUUCUUGUGGUAUUUCCAGACAUUUACGUUUUUCUGACGCAGCAAUGUGAGCGAGUAGCGUUCAAUCCACAAUCGCUCCACACCCGCCCCUACAACGAAUUUUCUGUCCAGAAAACACACCCUGAUUAAUGAUGAGAUAUUUAUAUUUACUUUAUCAUCUUUAAAAUAUAUAUUCAGUGUAAAAAAUAAAAACAAACGACACAAAAAUACAUUUCCUAUAACGCCAUUCAUCGGUAUCAUUUCUCUCAUUAUUACCCAGAGGCCACGCCCCCUCCCGCCUGUACGUAAUUCACGCCUCAUGAAUAAUCAAAGUGUUCUCUCUCUCUCUCUCUCUCUCUCUCUCUCUCUCUCUCUCUCUCUCUCUCGAGCUGCUUGUUGCGUUCACGGCAGAGGCGCGUGAGUGUGGUGGGAAAUGCAAGCAAGAUGGCGGCGUUGAAGGAGGAGCAGUGCUACGGACUGUCCUGUGGAAGAGUGAGCAAUGGCAGCAACAUCUCCGUCUAUCACGUCAAGCUGACUGACAGCGCGCUGCGAGCGUUCGAGGACUACCAGAGCAGCAAGGGCCUGACUGCUCAACCGCUAAUAAGAUUCACGGGAAACCAAGGGAAAAUCUCAAUACCGCAGUCAGAGAAUCCAAAUGAGCUGCGAACGUUUACGUUCUACUUGUCCAAUGUGGGGAAGGACAACCCCCAGGGCAGCUUCGACUGCAUUCAGCAGUACAUUACAAGUGAAGGGAGCAUACAGCUGGACUGCCUGGGUGGUAUCCAGGACAAAAUCACAGUGCGUGCCACAGACGACUCCUAUCAGAAAGCCAGGCAAAGCAUGGCUCAUGCAGAGGAGGAGAUCCGCAGCCGUGGAGCCAUCGUCAUCAAGCCUGGUGGGAGAUAUGUGGGUAAGCGGGUAAAAAUCUGGAAGCCCAAAACGGGGGUAUCUGACGUAGCUCCAUCGCGACAGACUUCACGACCUGUUAUCGUCUCCAGCAGUCAGAAAAAGAGCCCGACGCGGCCGCUGAGGGAACGGCUGGUGCAUUUACUGGCCCUAAAACCCUACCGCAAACCUGAACUACUGGUGCGGUUCACCAAGGACGGCCUCUCUCCUCAGGACAAGGAGACGCUGGACAGCCUCCUGCAACAGGUGGCUAACCUGAAUAGUAAGGAUAACACCUUCACAUUGAAGGAUUGUUUGUUUAAGGAAAUUCAGAAAGACUGGCCUGGUUACACAGAGGUGGACCAGCAGAUUCUGAAGAGAAUUCUUGCACGAAAACUGUGUAAGCCUCAAUGCAGCACUCCUGCUUCUGGGGAGAGCCCGGUCAGCCCGCACAAAGAGCAGGCCAGCAGCUCACCCACACAGCAGAAAAGGCCUGCAGCAGAGUUCAUAGACCCUCUGGCCAACAAGAAGCCUAGAAUAUCACAUCUGGCCAGCAAGUCUACUGUGCCCAUCAACGGCAAACUGAGCUCCUCCAAUGGGAAGGACUCAUCAAGCUCUCAAGCUGGAGAGACGUCCUUGAGCUCUCAACUCCCUGUGUUGGAGAUCCCCCGACCUUUUGACCCGCUUUCAGACGUUAGUAAUGACUCCAACGGCAGAGACUGUGAGAGUCAAGAGGCGGCGGUGGCGGAGAGGUUAAGUCAACCUCCGUCAUUUGCACCUCGUUCCACGACACAUGCCGGAGGGCCGGGGUCUACGUCCCCAGCACACGGCAGCAUAGGUGGGUCUCGGGGUCGGACAAAUCUGCCCUCCCUGCAUGGCAAGUCAAAGAAGAAGUCCAAGAAACACAAAGACAAGUCCAAGGAAAAAGACAGGGACAGAGAGAAGGAGAUGAGGAAGGAGAGUAAAAUUGAGGAAGAAUGUGGUUCGGAUCAGAGGAAACCUUGUAAAGUCACGACGAGUGGUAGGAGCACAGGUCUGAACGGAACAUGCGACAGCUCCAGUAUUCCUGCGUCUUCGUCGGAGACUGCAGACUAUUUAUUAAAGUACACCGUGAUAAGCUCACAAGAGCAGCGUCAGAGUUACAAAAACGACUUUAACGCAGAGUACAGUGAAUACCGGGGCCUCCAUGCACGGAUAGAGAGCAUAACCCGACAGUUCACUAUUCUCGACUCGGAGCUCAAACAGCUCAAACAAGGCACAGACAAGUACAAGACAAUCCACAACCAGAUACUUGAAGAGUAUCGCAAAAUUAAAAAGAUUAAUCCAAUUUAUAGCCAAGAGAAGAACCGCUGUGAAUAUCUACACAACAAACUGGCACAUAUAAAAAAACUGAUAGCAGAAUAUGAUCAACAGCAACUGCAAAACUGGCACUAAUGAUACAUUUUUCUCUUUAACUUUCCUUCUCUUUUGAGAGGGAAAGAAACUGGAUUAUUUUUUGUUUUUCUUUUGGCUUGCUCUAAAACAAGUUGCUCUGAUGUAAAAUGCCACGAAACUGAUCUUUUCUCCUAAAGUGAGCCCAGAUCUCUAGUGAGGACAAUGCAGACCCAUGAAUUUCAUUUUCGUUAUGUUUUUUUUAUGGGACUUGGGAGAUGGGCAUGCCUUGCCGUAUUUACCUGUGUAGCCUACUUCAUUAAGGGAUAGCCACGUGUGGCAUUGGUUGCAACCUUCCCUUUUUAAAGGCCUGAGUGUAAAAAUCGUUCUGUGGAGAUCUUGCCCUUGUUUGCCGAACAGGGAUAAUGGACACCGAAAUGGAUUUGGCAAAUCCCAAUACCAGGUUCUCAUAGUUGAGGUUUAGAAAAAGGAAAAAAAUCAUUUAUAUUUUUUUUCUCUGUGUACUAAAAUGGAAGGUUCUAAAGAUAAACUAUUUUAUUUUGUAUUUAUUAUUUUCCUGCAUUUUUGUCUUCCAUAGGGAUACAUCAGAUACAUUUAUAAUAUUCACACUUCUAGGUAUGAGUGCGAAACAUCUUUUCCUGCCCCAUUGGUCUUUUAUUUCCUUAAUAUCUGUCAGUAUUUUAUGCAUAAUGCUGCCUUGGAUUUCAAGAGAUCCCUGUUGCGGUACAGUUUCCUCUAUCGACUGAACAUUUGAUUAUUAUUUUUGAGUGCUGUAGUGUCUGAAGUAGCACUAUUUGGAUUCUCUGGUAAUUUAUUUUGUGCAAUGCGCUAGGCCUUGUGCAAUGGAUUUAAAUUGGAUUGAAGAUGAUCUCUAUACAGAGGCUUUGACAGUAUUAAGCUACAAUUGAGACCCAUUUAUUUGGGCAGCUGUGGUAGAAAUGAACUCCUACUAUGAAAUGGUCCCUUUCCGAGCUUGUUCAGUUUAACUUUCCAUUCCAGAUGUGAGCGAGUGCUACAGAUUAGGCGCAUCUUUGCUCCAUGUUACAAUGCUUUGUUUUAGAGUUUCAUACCAAAGCUCUGUAGAUGGCUACCAGAAUCGAACAAGCUUCAGUUAAAGGGCAAGUUAACCCAUAAUAAAAACAUUCUUAUCAUUUACUCACUCUUAUGCCAUCCCAGAUGUUUAACUUUUUUUCAUCUGCUGAACUCAAAUGAAGAUUUUUAGAAGAAUACGUCAGCUCUUACAAUGCAAGUGAAUGGGUGCCAAAAAUUUUAAGCUCCAAAAUCCAAAUAAGGUCAACAUAAAAGUACUCCAGACGACUCUGGUGGUUAAAUCCAUAUCUUCUGAAGCGAUAUGUUAGGUACGUACGAGAAACAGAUCAAUAUUUAAGUCCUUUUUCCUGCACUUUCACUUUCUCCUCCUCCUGUUUUUUUAAUGAAUCACAUUCUUCUUGCAUUUUGCCCCCUCUAUUGGGCAGGGAAGAGAAUUUAUGUCCUAAAAUGACUUCAAUAUUGAUCUGUUUCUUACCCGCACCUAUUAUGGAUUACUUUUAUGCUGACUUUGUGUAUUUUGGAACUUCAACAUUUUGGCACCCAUUCAUUUGCAUUGUAUGGACCUACAGAGCUGAAAUAUUCUUCUAAAAAUCUUCAUUUUGUGUUCAGCAGAUGAAAGUCAUACACAUCUGAGAUACCAGGAGGGUGAGAAAAUCAUGAGAAUUUUCGGUUUUGGGUGAACUAUCCCUUGUUAAUUACAAGAGAGUUUUUAACUGAAACUGCAUCAAGAUCUGGCUGAUUCAACUCUGAAUAAUGGAAUCUGUUGUGAUUAAGGUGUGGCCAAUUUUUGUAAACAUGUGCCUCUCCCAUGCUGUGGUUCAUCCCGCCUGUAUUUACUGUAAUUCAGUAUUGCUAGUUAUGAGUGUGACGGCAAAAUAUGUCAGAUCCGUACACUUGCGGCCAAAUUUAUGAUGCCAUUCUUCCAGAAAAUAUUGAUUGUGUCCCUGUAGCCCUGUUGUAAACACAUAGGGCUGGUUGGUAAAGAAUACCCAAAAUACAAGAAACGCAACCUUAUACACUCAUUAAACACUGUCUUCUACCAUCCCUUUAGCAAUCCAAUGCUUGCUUGAAUACUGAGUAUUUAUGGAUUUUUUUAUCAUUUUUGACUACAGACAGUAUUUUUUCCAAACCGCGUCCUUCACGUUCAGAGAUGACUGUUAAAUUUAAUUAAGGCUUUGGCCUCUAAUGGUAUCUCAUCGGGGAGCAAUCACAAUUUAGUGUGUCUGUGUGUGGAAGAUCUAUUACAAGCCUCUGACAUAUUCCAAUAGAAUCGUCCUCGCAUUACUGUGGAAUUCGCCUCAUGGAAGUUCAACCACAUGUUGCUCUUCUGUCAGGUCUUGUUGAAGCAUCAGUUGUACUUCUGAUUUCUGAACUCUUAUGUUUAAAUAUAAAAAUUCAGCACUUUGCUCAGCUUCUUGCUGUUAUUCUUUCCUGGGUUUUGUUGCAAGGAGACUCUUGCCUUGUCUGUCUGUUUAUGCAUGCUUCUGACUGCUUAAAGAUGAUAAAAGGAAAAAAGACUUGUGUUUUCAGUGGUUUUACACUGCUGUUCAAUGUUCAAGAGCAUUCAAAGCCAAACAGAGUCCAAAUAUUUCUUACUGGCCCAUUUGUCCUUACCUGGGUCCAGCACUGGUUCAGUGUUGAAGCUGUCAAUCAAGCUUUGGCUUUAAAACAUGUAAAAAUGUGACUUCAUAAUUUAAUAAAGCACUGAAAAACAAAGUUUUUCAAUUUACCAGAUAGAGUCUGGAUUUAUAUAGACACUAGAUAGCACAUUUUAGUCAUGAGAGCUAUAAAAUAUUUUGCUUUAGAAUCAAGUGUUGGGAUGUCAACGCUAAAACCAAAAGCGCUUUUUGAAACAUAAGGGUCUGGGACUAAAACUAUCUUGUGAUUCAACCUGAUGUUCUUUGUUUUUGUAAUAUAUUAGCUUUGCUAACUACCACGACUGCAGUAUACAACAGAGCACACUAUAGGUAUACAAUGCAGUGCUCUUAAAUAGAAUCAUCUUUGAGAUUCGGACUGCUAAAAGACCUUUUUACAUAAAGUUUAAUAAGACCUUUCAAAACAAUAUAAGUUAAGGGUGCAAUUUACCCUCACUAAGAUCUAUCAACCAUGAAUUGCCUUGACUUUAUAAAACCUUUGUAAUCGAAAAGCUCAUUCGACUAGUUGAAAUGGCAAUAUAUGCACUUCUUACUAGUAAAAAUUAGAUUUUUUUUUUUUUUGUUAUAUUGUUUUAACUAGUGGCUUGAAAUACCACAUCUAACAUAUUGAAACACAUUUACAGGUAUCAAGAAUUAGCAUUUUAAACUAGUGAAAAUAAGAAUGGCUAACCUAUAAUUCAUAUCCUGGAUGAUUAAAUGUAAAUUCAGCUUGCCAUAUUUGUUUUGUGCUUCUAACUACUCGUGAAUCUCUAGUGUAGUCAUGGACCACUAGAUGGCAGCACAUACUUUGUUUACCGUAGUUUCGUUCAUCAUGCACCCUAACUGAGCUUGGGUUGUCACUGUAUUUACCACUAGUGUAGUCUGGGACAGUUUAACUGCUAACAGACUCAUAGAAUACAAUACCAAAAAAAUAAUAAUAAAUGGCACAAUGAAUACCAAACCUUGCUGGGUCUUGAUACUGGAACUUCUCUGUGCUUUAUAAACACAUCUAUAAGAAAUACUAAAAUGAGAGUGGGAGAGAUUUGGACACUAAAGAGAUGACAUGGUCGGAACGCCAUGUGUGAAAUCCAUAGCUGUUAUCCACCACAUUUGGCUUUAGGCCGCUACAUUGGCCUCACAUUUAGGGGAGCUGGGGCCGGCUGCACCAGCUAUAGUUCAGUUACAACUUAGCCUAGUUGUGGUGUAAAUGGGCACUAAGUCACUAUUUACGCAUACUUAAAGAUUUGAGCGUUGCACCAUUAAACUUAGGUAGGACGUAACCCUAUAUAUAAACUAAAUAUUUACGUUAGCCUCUGACCAGGAGUAACGGAUGGAAUAAAAAAGGAGACUAGCAUGACAUCAAUGAGCUCAUGUUUUGGUUGACAGGCUUCAGUCUUUUCGACAUGUUGACAUUUACACUUGUUUACAUUUACGGGAGAAAACAUUAUGCAAAAAACAUCUUCAGCAUGAAACCGAUCUAACGGUGCACUUUCCUGUGGACACAUUCAAGUUUCAACAUAUACGAAAUAUAAAAGAUAUUAAAAUUAAUAAAUGUCUAUUUUCCA